GGCUGCUGGUGGUGGUGGUGUUUCAGCACCGCGGACAGCUCCUGCCUCUGGUCUCUGGGCUGCAGGGAGAAACAGCUGGACGAGACUACACACUGCUUCACUUCGAUCCACAGACCGCGCCGAGCCCACCCCACGCGAUCCACGCGAGAACAGGCUGUCCGUGUUUCUCCUCCUUCUCCUCCGUGCUGACUGCUGUGUUCUGUGGCCUCGCUGAGGACUCCAGCCUCGGUUAACUGCAGCGCCUCUGCGCCUUCCGUCCGCUGGCUCCUCUUCCUGUUGUUGGCGGCCACGGUGUUGUGGGGUUUUCGGGGAGGGCGGGGCGGAGGAGCAAAGUUCACUUCUUCUUUGCUCUGAUUAUUUUUGGUGUCGUGCACCUGCGUGUGACAUGUGCGUGUGCACGCCGCCGCUCGCUGCCCGGGUUUGUCUGCAGGCUCGGGAGCGCAUGUUCCUCCGGGAUGCAGAAGUUGUGUAGUUCCUCUCGCGCUCUGCUGUGAGACAGGUGAGCUGCAUCUGCAACGUUGGCUGGGAUCCUCGCAGCAGAGUGCCACGGACUCGCUCGUUUCACGUGGACAAACGUCAGAGAGCACGAUGAGGAGCCUCUGUGACUUUUUAAAUUGCACCUAAGAGAAAGAGAGAGACGGGGGUGGGGUGGGGGUCCCUGUUAGUGCCCCGGCACUGCUGCAGGAACACAGCUUUGUUUCUUUAGCUGCUUAAACCGCUGGGAUCGCGCGUGACAGUGGACACUGUGCCGCUCACCUCUUUACCCCUAACCUGAAAACAGAGCCCGACACGCGGGGAACGAAAUGAAGAAGUUCCGGAAGGUGCUGGACGGCCUGACCACCUCCUCCCCGGGAGCCACUGUGGGCUCUCCGUCGUGCGGCAGCGCGGCCGGGACUCCCACGGCGGCUCCAACUCCGAAGGAGAUCGACGUCCAGGAGACGCUGGUGUCGGAAAACUUCCAGCUGUGUAAGACGGUGCGUCAUGGUUUCCCUUACCAGCCCACCGCUUUGGCCUUUGACCCCGUGCAGAAGAUCCUGGCCAUCGGUUCGAGAUCUGGUGGAGUACGAAUACUGGGCCGACCUGGGGUGGACUGCUACUGUCAGCAUGAGAGCGGAGCUGCUGUUCUUCAGCUGCAGUUUCUCAUCAAUGAGGGGGCGCUGGUCUCAGCCUGUGCAGACGACACGUUGCACUUGUGGAAUCUGCGCCAGAGGCGGCCGGCCAUCCUGCAUUCACUCAAGUUUAACAGAGAGAGGAUCACAUUUUGCCACCUGCCCUUUCAGAGUAAAUGGCUGUAUGUGGGGACGGAGCGCGGGAACACACACAUCGUCAACAUCGAGUCCUUCGUUUUGUCCGGAUACGUCAUCAUGUGGAACAAGGCCAUCGAACUAUCAACUAAAACUCACCCAGGACCAGUCGUUCAUUUGAGUGACAGCCCAAAGGAUGAAGGAAAGCUGCUUAUAGGGUUUGAGAGCGGGACGAUCGUGCAGUGGGACCUCCGGGGCAAGAAGGCUGACUUCAGGAUCUACUACGAUGAGGCCAUCCACUCUGUCAGCUGGCAUCACGAAGGGAAGCAGUUCAUGUGCAGUCACUCGGACGGCAGCCUGACGCUGUGGAACCUCAGAAACACCACCAAGCCAUUCCAGGUCACCUUCCCUCACGGAAAGAUACAGAAGGAUGCGAGGAAGGAGUCGUGCAAACCUAUUCUCAAAGUGGAAUACAAGACCUGCAGGAACAGUGAGCCUUUUGUUAUCUUCUCUGGGGGUCUUUCAUAUGACAAGGCGGGACGACGGCCGGCACUGACGAUCAUGCACGGCAAGGCCAUCACUGUGCUGGAGAUGGAUUACCCCAUAGUAGAGUUCAUGGUGCUGUGCGAGACUCCUUACAACAACGAGGUCCAGGAGCCUUACGCUGUGGUCGUGCUUCUGGAGAAAGACUUAAUCGUGGUGGAUCUAACACAGAGCAACUACCCCGUCUUUGAGAACCCGUAUCCCAUGGACAUCCAUGAGUCACCAGUGACCUGCACGGCCUAUUUCGCAGACUGUCCACCAGACAUCAUCCCCAUCCUCUACUCCAUAGGAGCGAAACACAAGAAGACUGGCUACAGCCAGAAGGAGUGGCCAAUCAGUGGAGGGACGUGGACAUUAGGCUCCCACACUUAUCCAGAGAUCAUCAUCACAGGGCAUGCUGACGGAUCGAUUAAGUUUUGGGACGCAUCUGCAAUCACGCUGCAGAUGUUGUACAAGAUGAAGACCUCCAAAGUGUUCGAGAAGCCAAAGCCAGGCGAGGGCCGCGCCGCCGAGCUGGUGGAAGAAGACCCGUUUGCUAUUCAGAUGGUCAGCUGGUGCCCUCAGAGUCGCAUGUUCUGCGUGGUCGGCAUCUCAGCUCACAUCAUCCUCUAUCGUUUCAGCAAAUAUGAUGCCAACACUCAGAUAGUGUCUCUAGAGGUGCGUCUGCAGUGUGACUCGGACGACGUCAUCUCUCCAUCAGAGAAUGAAAACAAUCCCAGCUUCUCAGAGCCCAGCUCCCACUCACCCCAACCGCACCAUCAACACCAACACCCAGCCAGCCCAGGCAGCAGGACACCAGAGGGCAUCAAAGACAGCAUCCCCUGCCUCAAAGUGAAGGACCGGGCGGUUCGGGUUCCUCCUGGCUACCAGUCAGAGUUGGUCAUCCAGCUCCUCUGGGUAGAUGGUGAACCUCCACAGCAGAUCACCAGCCUGGACAUCAACUCAGCCUACGGCCUCCUGGCGUUCGGGAAUUGUAACGGCCUGGCGGUGGUGGACUACUUGCAAAAAACUGUCAUAUUAUGUAUGUCAACACUGGAUCUGUACGGAAGCACCGACCCCUACCAGCGCCUUACCCGUUCCCCCCGCAGGAACAGGCAGUCCACCUCAGAGUUUUGCAUGCGCGGCCUGUCUAACUUUUAUUCAGAUUCAAAGAAAAGGAUCCGUACAUCCUAUCAGAGCCUUACUGAACUCACUGACAACCAGCAGUCGAUUGACAUGGAGAGGAACAAGUCGCCCACUUCAGUCUGUGUCUGUUCUGUUGGAUCUCCUGUUCCAGUUCAUUACCCAACCUCCCUUCACAAUGACCCCCGCGUCCUGCCCGAGCCUGUGGCCAGUCUGAGAGCCAGCCACUGCAGUCCAGUCUUUUACUUACUGGACAAUGUAAAGGGACCCGGCAGAAAGUUAAGUCUGCCAACAGAUCUUAAGACUGAUCUUGAUCAUGUCAAUGGACAUUGCACUAGCCCCACCUCCCAGCCCUGCUCGGCGGGGAAGCCUCGCAUUCCGAUGGGUCCCGAGGGGCCACGGCUUACCCGCAGAGGCCCUGGCCGACCGCCCUUCCGCAAGGCCCAGUCCGCUGCUUGCAUGGAGAUCUCUUUGCCUGUGUCCCACACUGAAGGGCAUGCAUCCAGGAGGGCAAUGCUGCAGCAGUUACACGGAGUCACUAUGUACUCCCACGAUGAGCACCACAGCACCACCUCCUACUGCUGGAGUGACCGAGAGAGUCGUGAAAACUCCUUCACCCGCUCGCGCAGCUCCAGUGUUUCCAGCAUUGACCGCGACACCAAAGAGGCUGUGACCACGCUGCAGUUCGGAGAGUCGUACGGGCGCAAGAACGAUGUCCUGCCCACCCCGUGUCUGUGGGUGGGCACUAGCUUAGGCGUGGUGCUGCUCAUCCCCAUGUCCAUCCCUACUGAUCAGGAGGAAAGGAUGGAAGAGCCUGUCACGAUGGGCGUAAGUGGAGCGGUGCUGAUGCUGAAGGGCUCUGUGUUACGCUUCAGCUUCUUGGACUGCAUGGGAGCUCUCAUCCAGCCCCCCUAUGAGGUUUGGCGGGACCACAACGCCCCCGAGGACCCCGACCGACUGCGGAGGCGCAAGCUGGUCCACUUUUCGCCAUCGUCCUCCCAGGACGCCUGCGGAGACGGACACUUGGCUGUGGUGUGCUCUGAGAGGCAGGCCAAAGUGUUCCUGAUGCCCUCGCAGUCUUGCCUGUUUGUCCACAACAUCACAGAGUCGUCCUUUGUGCUGAGGGCUGACGUGGUGUCUGUGUGCAACAGCGUGUGCCUCGCCUGCUUCUGUGCAAACGGACACGUCAUGACGCUCAGUCUGCCCAGCUUAAGACCGCUCAUGGAUGUCAAUUACCUGCCUCUGACAGACAUGCGCAUUGCAAGAACCUUUUACUUCACCAAUGGGGGGCAGGCACUGUAUCUCAGCUCCCCCACAGAGGUCCAGAGAAUUACAUACAGCCAGGAGAUGUGCGAUAACCUGCAGGAAAUGCUGGGAGAGCUGUUUACACCAAUAGAAACACCAGAAGCCCAGAACCGAGGAUUUUUAAAAGGCUUCUUUGGAGGAAAUGCCCACACCUUUGACAGAGAAGAGCUCUUUGGCGAGGCUGCGGCUGGGAAGGCUUCUCGGAGUCUUGCGCAGCACAUCCCUGGACAGGGAGGAGUGGAGGGCAUGAAGGUCGCCGCUAGUGGAGUGGUGGGCGAGCUGGCGAGGGCGCGCAUUGCUCUGGAUGAGAGAGGCCAGAGGCUGGGGGAGCUGGAGGAGCGCACCGCCCUAAUGAUGACUAGUGCAGAAUCCUUCUCCAAGCACGCUCAUGAGCUGAUGCUGAAAUGCAAGGACAAGAAGUGGUACCAGUUCUAAUAGCAGGACGGGGGCCUCGGUCUGCCCUCAUGCUGCUGGGAACGAUAUGCCGCGACGGGACUUUCACUUCAAAAAUGAAAGCAUUCAAAGAGA